AUGAAUCCAACUCAGGCCAACAUGAACGACCCUAGUGCACCGGCGGCUCCUGCUGGGAAAUGGACCACAGGCCUCUUCGGCUGCUGUGAGGAUCCUGGCAGCUGCGUCAAAACAAGUUGCUGCCCGUGCAUUACCUUGGGCCAAAAUGCUGUCAUCCUUGACAGAAAUGAUUCAAGCGUCGCGUGCCCUGGUGCUGCGGGCCUUGUGUUGUAUGCCAGGAGUAGAGAGAGCUCAAGAACAGGGACCUAA